AUGAAGGUCUCCGCCAUCCUCGCGGCCUCUGUCGCCUCUCUCGCCGUCGCUGCCCCCUUGACUGAGGGCAACCUAGGGCUCGAAAAUGCCAGCAUUGACAAUGCCAAGCUCUUGGAUCUUCAGGCCGAAUUGUUCACCUGCAUCAGCAACCCCGAAUGCAUCAAGAAGCUCCAGCAAGGCGCCCUCGCCUCUCCCGCCGCUCCCCUCAGCAACACCAAGAGGCAGGAGGUGACCGACUUCCAGAAGUUCCAGGACAAACUGUUGACUUGCAGCAACAAUCCCGCCUGCGCGAAGAAGCUCGACAAGCUCAAGAUCCCGGGCCAGGUCCUGGAGCCCGAGAACACAAAAGAGAUCUUGGAGAACAUCGGAAACGUGCAGACGUGCCUCGACGCGGCCAAGUGCCGCAAGGACCUCUUCGAUCAGAUCGACAAGCUGAUCGACGACACCAAGAAGAGCAAGAGGCAGGUCGGCGGGCCUAGGCCUGGUGGAAUCCUCGACGGCCUGAAGGCCUGCCUCCGGAAGCCAGAGUGCAGGGAGAGGAUGCUGAAGCAGGCCAAGGACGCUCAGGUUGCCGCCGCCGCUGGAGAGAUGACAAAGAGGCAGACCGACCCGUUUGCUCUCGACGGAGUGAUGGCUUGUCUGGAGGACCUGGAGUGCGCUGCUGAGCUCAUGGCUAACCUCGACGGGCCCAAUUAG